AUGUCCAAUAGCUGUCCUCAGUUCGUCUCGACCCCGCGUCCCCUCAUCCCUCCGAUGCGCCUGAGCUCGUGGGAACCAUCUCACACUGCACAAGGAGGAGCGUACAUGCCAUUGUUGGGUCGUGUGUUGUUCUUGGCGCUCGGACCUGUUUUGUGGGAGACGGGGAACAUGCUAAGGCCGCGCUCAGGUCUGGUUCAGUCCUCCGCGCUCAUCGAUCACUCGGCGCGGCGCGGGAGGGACGCUCACAGUGGGUGGGAGCGGGGAGUAUGGCGUAAGACGUACAGCGUGGUGUUAAGAAUGUGUCCAGCGGUGAGAUAUGGAUGUUAUGCAAGCAUCAGUUUGAACGGUUGA